AGCGGCUACAGUGUCCUCUGAUAUGGUCGAAGAUAAUCUGAUUCCUGUGCUCGGCGGACGGAGUUCAUCGCCGGAACAACAAAAUCUACUUCGUGGGACGUCGACCACCACUUCUAACAUGAAUGACAACAAAAACUCGUCCUCGGCAAGAGCAAGAGGUACUUCAACAUCAGAUUCGGACGAUAGCGAUACAGAUCCUGAGCCUGCUGCGCCAAAACCCGCUGCUGCGAAGCGUGCUAUCAAGUGCAAAAAUGUCUGGGUCUGGGAGGAUGCAAGGUUUGUCAUGCGCAUUUUGCAUGACUCCUGAUGUCUGUGAUGCAUGCCCUAGCAUCACAGAUUUUACGACGGCUUCCUGAUGCCCAUACCUCAUCAGAAAUGCCCUCUCGCCAUGGUAAAAACUGGACCUCUUUUGCUGUUCACGCAAUACAGAUUUGUUGUAGAAUCGAAAUCCAGCAUCACAAGUUGAAACCUUCCAGAUCCAGACAUAUUUGCAAGGCAUACCUGCUGCACCGUCGCCGAAAGGCGUGCCGCACCCGAAGGUCCGGAGCAAGAGAAGCCCGAUGCCACAACGUGGCCGGCGAAGCCCUGUUGUUGUUCGCCGCCCGCGUCAGGCCUCGCCUGCACCAGAUGACGACUCGUCUUCGCCGGAGGACCUACUUCAGGAAGCGGGUACUACACGAGGAGUAUCAAGUUCCACGAAGAUCAUAGCACCGGGUCCCCGUGCAGCAGGCACGACGGGAGCCACAGCUUUGGGUGAAGAGCACGCGGUCGUUUUAGGUGGAAAUAACAUCGGAACUACCGAACAGAACAUGAUGAGCGCUGCGGAACAGGUCCAGGAACUCCGAGUUGAUGUGCAGCCCGAGGAGGUCGCUGCUAGUCCUAGUGGUCAACAUCUCCCAACACAGGAACAGGCGGUGGAGCACGAAUCUAAUUCUGCGGAAACGGAAAUAGAAAAAGGAGAACUCGACCUCCAGCGCGAAACUCAUGGGCAAGUGGAACAGCAGGGCGUCGAAGCUGAUAUCUUCCCGAAUGCUGAAACCGCUAGUGCCAGGACCUCUGUAGAGGGAGCUGCUACUGCCGCUUCGCAUGAUCCGCCUCAGGAGAGCGCCGGCGUUGAAUCUGGUGCGAAUUACGCGACUGACGGUGAUGUGGUGGUGAAUGGUGCAAGUAGUUCUCCGCUGCACGACGCGCACCAGGGGCAAGGUGUUGAGCCGCAGGAGGAACCGCGAGAUGAACGGUUCCCCAGAUCGAGUACGGGACACGACGACCACGACCCGAUGCUUCUAGAUCAAGGCACAGCCGAAUUUUCCGCAGCCGUGGCUGUAGCAGGGGAUGACUCCACUGAAGUAGUAGAGCACGGGGGUGGAGUGGCUCAGCGAGUAGAAGGUCCUGGAAAGGAUGGUGGAAUCGAUGAUACUUCCGAGGCUCAUCAUCAUGUGUCGGAGCGAGGCGCGGAGGCAGCACUAGAGACAGGCUCGUCUAGUCAAAAAGCGGGUGUUGACAAUGAAGGUGAUAAUGUCGACACCGAUCUGGGACAGGCACAGGGACAUCAAGGUACUAUGGAAAGAACUGCCGACGGUGUUCUUGCUACCGCCGAGGAUCAUGAGCGGGCGCAUGUGGAGCUGCUGCAAGGAGGUGACGUAACUACAGAUCCGUCAGUUCCUGCAGCUUUCGAAGAUGAAGAAAGCAUCAAGGAUGCGGGUCGUCGGGUUCUUGGUACCACGGACGUCGUCGAUACGGUGUCAUCUGCACCCCCUCCUCCUCCCCUUCCGACGUCACCGCCCGAGGAGGCUAAUUAUAUCGGCGCGGACCGAGGAUUCUCGACCGCGGCUGCUGUGACGGCCGCUGGUGCGAGAGAUGAUACGACCGCAGGGGUUGAUGCGGAAGCCACUACUUCUUCCCUGGAACAAAAUGUCGAAGCAGAGCCUCCUGUCGUGGCCGGAAAUUAUACUGCUGAUUCCCUCACGGGAGAAGUUGCAACGGAGGAACGCGCGGCGGUCCAGGAGCCAGAGGACGGUGGCCCGGACUCCACGCUACAAACCGCGAGUGCUGAAGAUGCAGUUCAAACCCAGAGUGGUGUUGGGCAUGAUGUCUCUACUUCCAGUGCCUCAGUUCGUCCGCUAGAAGAAGGUAACGUCGAGGAAAGUCGUGGCGAGAUAAAUAAGACCACCUUCAUCGACGACUCCGUGGCUACAACUUCUACUCCAGGUGGUGGCGUUGACAAAAAUGCCGGUUUUAGUACCAUUGCAAGUGAUACUGGUCGACAAAACCUAAACGACUCUGCCGAUGAAGACGCCCGUAGCGACAGCUCGCAAACCAGCGGAGGGCUGCGUGCGCGACUUGCGGGUGGACUCGAAAGACUGUUUUUCCGCAGAAGGUCUUCAUGAGCUAAUUUGCGCUAGCAUGCAAUGAAAAGUCGACGUGUACCUUUUGCACGCAAGUGCAGAUGAAAAACAAUAACGGGCAGUAGAUCCGAGAAGACGACGCGACAGUGGUUUUUCGCGUCACCGGUCAGUGCUGCCCGAGCGGAGAAGGAAAUUUUUCAAAAGACAGAUAAAACGUACGACCAGGAGGUUCAUGUCUACUGUAUGAUUCAAUUAUCUCGCUUCUUUCCGUCGAUGUGAAUUAUAGAUCGGCAACUACACAGCUGUUUUUAGUUGAAAAAAUGACCGUGUCCGUGUGUAUGAAUGUUUCGUACAGAUUUUUACAAAAUUCGAUUUUACAUGUGAGUUUCGGCUUUCAAUCUUUCAGUUUCUCGCGUCAUCAGAUUGCGCGGUAAUAUGAGUGUUUCAGUUUCUACUCAACUACGCAGCCGCAGUCACGAAGACGUUUGAUACAACACGACACGCCCGGGAGAACACAUCGAAGGUUGUAGGUUCACGGAUGCUAUGCAUUGCAAAUAUGUCUGGGUCCUCUUGAACAGCUUGCAAAGUUUGUCAUGCUGGUCUGGCACGACGGAAGAGCUUGUCAUGCGUGUCGUAAAAGAGACCCUUUUGUUUGUCAUGCAAAAACGCAGUUUGUGUUUGUCAUGCGGAAAAAGCAACACGAAAACGCGCAAAUAUUUCUAAGUCUUGCUCUUGACGGAGGGAGGAUUCACAACUCAGCAUUACAAGUUUGCAGACCCCUUGUAAUUACGUAUUUGCAUUACAAGUUUGCAGACCCAGACGUAUUUGCAUUGAAUAGAUGUCAGCGACGCGCAAAUGGAG